CUCACGUCGGCGCGUACGUAUCCACCUCCCUCUCCCUCACGCCGAUUGUCUUCAUCUCUCUCUAAGAAUUUCCAGGUUGAAAUUUAAGCCCUAAAAGGCAGUAAAAAAAAGAGUAAAGGCAAAAGGAAGAAAGGAAAUAUGGGGUGCGCCCAAUCGAGUCUGGACAACGAAGAAUCGGUGGCGAGAUGCAAGGACCGGAGGAAUCUGAUGAGGCAAGCCGUUCAGGUGAGGAACGCCUUCGCCUCCGCUCACGCCGCCUACGCUACGGCGCUGAAGAACACCGGCGCCGCCUUGAGCGACUACGCGCAGGGCGAGGUUCCGCCUCCAGCCCCGGACGUCGCCGUCGCCGAGCCGGCUCCCAAGCCGCCUCCCCCCAUUCCGCCCCAUAUGAUGGAGAGGAGCCCCCUCACUCCCCUCCCCCCUCCUCCCCCGCCCUUGCCCAGCUUCUCCCCCGUCACGCCCCUGCAGCGGUCCAUCACCAUGCCGGAGCUUUCUAAAAGGAUGGAGAAAGUGAAGACCGUCCCGAUUGGAGUGGAAGAGGAGGUGGAGGAGGAGGAAGAGGAGGAAGACCACGAGAUUCGAAUAAGCAGAUUGAAGCUGAGGAAUCGCCACAAUAGGGCGGAGAAAUCUGGUAGAGACGAAGAUGCGACUCCUGAUAAGAUUCCAGAUUCGCCCCCUCCUCAGCCUCUCGGUGAAGCUUGGGAUUACUUUUAUAUGACUGAUAAUAUGCCUGCAACAACCCUAGGAGGCGUCCAGGAAGAAGAGUACGGAAUCGACAGCCCGAUAAGUCCCAUAACUGAGAAUCUCGGCAGAGAUGAAGACAUUGAAGAGUUCAAGACCCCAGAGAAAGGAGUAAUGGGUAGUGAUGAAAUGGGGGAGACGCCGCCGCCUAUGAUGGCUAUGGAGAAACACUUCGUUCAUUCUAAGACGGCUCCUCCAGGGAUCAUCGGGUUGAUCAAUAGCGGGAAAAUGGAGAGUGGAAACAGUGCAGAUUUUUAUAAGGUUUUCAGUGUGAUAGAUGAUCAUUUCCUCAAGGCUUCAGAGUGUGUUCAAGAGGUUUCAAAGUUGCUCGAGGCUACUAGGCUUCAUUAUCACUCCAAUUUCGCAGACAGGGGAACUAUUGAUCACGCUACGAGGGUUAUGCAAAUCAUCACAUGGAACAAGCCUGUUACUGCCGUGUCAAAAGGCGACGGUGCUAUUGAAAAGUAUGAUGGUGGUGACUCUGAGACUCAUGCCACUGUUUUGGAUAAGUUGAUGGCUUGGGAGAAGAAACUAUAUGAGGAACUUAAGGCAGGUGAACUUAUAAAGCAUGAAUACGAAAGGAAAGUUGGAGUUCUAAACAAGUUGAAAAAGCGCAGUGCUGGUUCAGAAUCACUGGAGAAGGCGAAAGCUGCUGUUAGCCAUUUGUACACACGUUUUAUUGUUGAAAUGCAAUCUUUGGAUUCAACGGUCGUGGAAGUGAAUGAAAUUCGUGACAAGCAGUUGUACCCAAAGCUUGCCGAACUUGUUCUUGGGAUGGCCAAGAUGUGGGGAUCCGUGUGUAGGCACCAUGAAGAGCAGAUGAAGAUUGUUAUGGACCUCACAAGCAUGGACAUCUCUGCAACUCCCAUGGAAACAACAAAACACCACCAGCAACGCACCUUACAGCUGGGCAAUGUCAUCAAGGAGUGGCAUGACCAGUUUGAAAACCUGGUGAACAACCAAAAAACCUACAUUCAGACCCUCAUCAAGUGGUUAAAACUAAACCUCGUCCCGAUCGAGAGUAGCCUGAAGGAAAAGACGACCCCGUCCCCACCCAGACUCCAGAAUCCCCCCAUCCAAACACUACUCAUAGCCUGGAAUGAGAUCCUCGAGAAAAUUCCAGACGAGCACUCCAAAAGUGCAAUCAUGUCUUUUGAAGCCGUGAUAAGGACGAUCAUUCUUCACCAGGAUGAUGAAAUGAAGCUGAAGGAGAAGUGCGAGGAGACAAGAAAAGAGUACACACGUAAGACCCAAUCCUUCGAAGAAUGGUACCAGAAGUACAUGCAGCGUGCAGCUACACCAUCCGAUGAGGCGGACCCCGUUUCAGAGAGGCGGUUUGUGGUGGAGAGCUUGAAGAAGAAGUUGGAAGACGAAACAGAAGCUUACCUGAAGCAAUGUCUCCAAGUGAGAGAGAAAUCUUUGGGGAGUUUGAAGAUUCAACUGCCCGAACUUUUCCGGGCCGUGAGGGAUUAUUCACACAUGUGUUUCAAUGCUUAUGAAAGAUUGAGACUUCUAGUGGUGAAUCAAAACAACCCAAACCAGGAGGGUUCUUCUUCAUAGGACUCUUAAUUUUAUCCUUGUUAGGGUAACUGCUUCUCUAUGUAGAGAUGAUCGUUUGUUCCAUUAGUUUUUUUUUGAAAUCUUGCCAUGAAAGGCUAAUAUAUUUAUUUAUUAUCAAUUCCUUAUGUUCUUGUUAAGAAACAGGUUUUUUGUACAACUAUUUGUACCCUACAAUUUUUUUUGUUCUCAUUGGGAAGAAUAACUGUCAGCGGCACACACAAACUGGACAGGCAACAUCACUUCUCCCCGAGAACGAAAAAUAAAAAUUGAAUUGACGGUAUCCAGAGCAUAAGAAGGCAAUAAAAAUGGUGUAUUUUC